CAGAGGCGAGAAGAGGACACACACUCGCGUAAACACACACCAGCGAGUCUCAGUGGAGACUGAACCGUGGAUCUCACCUGGAGACUGAAGACUGGAGGAUAAGGUGUAGCUAAGCUACCCAAGCUCCAGCUUUUUGGUCCUCAUAGUUGUGGUCCAUUCCAGUGGUAACCAUGACGACCGCCGAGCCACCCAACGGAGUGUGGCGUCGAAAGAACAAAACCUCCAGUCCCGCUGGGAGUCAGGAAAAUGUUGACGAUGAAGAUCUAAGGCAGUGGGAAAAAUAUACACAGAAUGUGAAAGAGAAAGUUAUGGAGCAGGUCCAGAAUCAGCUCAGUGACAUUCUUGACAGAGCCUUGACUGAGGCGAUCCAGCCCCCGUCACAUAUCAAAUCAGCAGCCAGUGGAAAGACAGCAAAUAAACACUCAUCAAGAUCUCAGAGGAUGGAUGAUGGAAAGGUCUUUAUGGAACGGGCAUCACUUCUGGAUGAACUAUUUGAGAUCAGCCACAUCAGGACCAUCUACCACAUGUUCAUAGCUGUGCUCCUCAUCUUCUGUUUGAGCACGCUGGCUAUUGACUACAUCGACCAGGGCAGGCUGGUAUUAGAGUUCGACCUGCUGUUCUUCGCCUUCGGGAAGCUGGGGACCGUGGCUUUGGCCUGGCUUUUCAUGUUUGCCUACACCCUUUUUGUUCCCUACUACACUCUGAUGUUUUGGGGCUCUUUGUACCAUGACUGUCCUUCCAAACUGGGACUGUCUCUGGUCACCGGCUUGAUCCUGUCUGCUGUGCAGACGUGUGUGCUGGGGGUGUUUCCUAUCCACACAGUGGUGCAACAUCAGCUGCCGCCAGCUUCACGCUUCAUUGUCAUUCUUGAGCAGAUUCGAUUCCUGAUGAAAACCUACUCAUUCAUGAGAGAAACAGUUCCAAUUAUUUUGAAGAGUACGCCAAAGAAAGGAGAAAGUACCAGAUUUCCAACAUUUUCCAGUUAUCUAUACUUCCUUUUCUUUCCAACGCUCAUCUACAGGGAAUCGUACCCUCGAAACAGCCACAUACGAUGGAAGUAUGUUGGCAUUACUGUCGGCAAAAUCUUGGGAAGCCUGUUUUACGCCUACUUCAUCCUGGUACGUCUCUGCAUACCCGUCUUCAGACCUGAGAGGAACCAACCCUUCAGUAAACGAACUAUGGUUCUGGCCGUGUUUCACUCCAUAUUACCAGGAAUAAUGCUACUCCUGCUCUGUUUCUUUGCCUUCCUGCACUGUUGGCUCAACCUCUUUGGAGAGCUGCUGCGUUUUGCCGACAGGAUGUUCUACAAGGACUGGUGGAACUCCACAUCUUUUGCCAACUAUUAUCGCACCUGGAACGUGGUGGUCCAUGACUGGCUGUAUUACUACGGAUACAGAGACUUCCUCUGGCUGUCGAACAGGAGGUUCCGAGCAGCCGCGAUGCUCUCCGUGUUCAUCGUCUCUGCCAUCGUCCACGAGUACGCGCUGGCCAUAGGUCUCGGCUUCUUCUAUCCCGUCAUGUUCUUCCUCUUUGCAGUUAUCGGAGUGGCAUUCAACUUUACCAUGAGCGACAAGCGACAGAGCCCCGUGUUCAACGUGAUCAUGUGGGCGUGUCUGUUCCUCGGCCAGGGCGUGCAGGUGUGUCUCUACUGCCAGGAGUGGUACGCCCAGAUACACUGCCCACGCACUGGGGACGGUUUCUGGGAGCGGGCGUUGCCGCGGUCGUGGUCCUGCAGCUACCAGGCAUGAAGCUGAGGAAGAGGAGCUGACGAUGAAGGCUAUGAAAGCCAUGAUAGACUGAACAGAAGAAACAAAACGCAAGAUACGGGUUGGAAGACGUCUCUGUUUUAAAUGUGUUAAACAUUGCAAUCGUUUUCAUGGUUGUAUUGUUCUUCAGGUGUGAUGUUUAUGUCUCUGAAUGAUUUCAGGUUUUUACUUGCACUAAGAGCCUUAAGAUUUGUUGAAACUUUCUUUGUAAUAAUUGUAAUGGGAAAAAAAAUCUAUGACGUACAAAAACGACAUCCUACUCUGAAAAUAAGUGGAAACUGAUCAUGAAGUAGCCCGUUUAUUUACGUUUAUUUAACAUUGCAGUCAUAUAGAUGUGCUACGUUUACAUAAAAUCAGGCAAUUUUCUUCAAGUCUUCAUGUCAUGUUAGACUAGUCAUCGACACAAUAAUGCACAUACCAUCAGAUGUAAAACAGGAAGAAGUACUGUAUUUCUCAUAAAACU